UGAUGGCAGCACUCCAAAUUACAUUUCAAGGAACUAUAAGCAUUGCAACAUGUCACGAGAUGAGCUCAUUGGUAAAAUUUCACAGCAGAGAAAUGUCAUCACCAGUUUGCAAAACCAGAUUGCCCAAACUCAAAGACAGUUUCAACGGGAUUUAUCAGGAAGUGGUGUGACUCUAAGUGCAUGUCAGUCCAUUGAGAUGAGAGAUGCUAUGGCUUUAUGUUCAACCGAAAUGGAGAAAGCCUUCCCAGAUUCCAAUUGCUUUCAAAGACUUUUUUGGAGUGAACAAUUUAAAAGUGUUAACGUGAAAUCAGCUAAAGGAAUGAGAUGGCAUCCCAUGAUAAUUAGAUGGUGCUUGUAUCUUCGACAGAAGUCCAGUGCUGCAUAUGAUGCUUUGAGAGACUCUGGGUUUAUCACUUUACCAAGUGCCAGGACUUUGUUUGAUUACUCUCACUACACUAAAUGUGGUAAUGGUUAUCAACCAGAUGUUUUAAAUAUAUUGAAAUCUGAGGCAGAAAAGAAGGGCAUGUAUAACAAUGAUGAGCCAUGGCGAAAGUACGUUGGAAUACUAUUUGAUGAAAUUCAGGUUAAAUCAGAAUUGGUAUAUGACAAAUACAGUGGUGAAUUAAUAGGAUACUGUAAUUUAGACAAAGUUGGUAACCAGAUGAUGGAACUUGAUAAGAGUAUUAAAGGAACUGAACACUCAGACAUAGCCAAGUACAUGCUUGUUGUAAUGGUGAGGGGUGUAACUUGCGACCUACGGUUCCCAUUGGCCGGUUUUCCGACAACUAGCAUAACAGCAGAUUUUUUGUACCCCAUUAUUUGGAAGGCAGUACGCAUUCUAGAGACCAGCAUUGUUGACCUAAGGGUUUUAUUCAUUACUUGCGACGGUGCGUCAUCAAACAGGAGAUUUUUUAAACUUCACGGAGAGGACAAUGACUUUGUACACUAUGCAGAUAACCCGUACUCAUCUGACAACAGAGUUAUAUAUUUUAUUUCGGACGUACCCCAUCUUAUUAAAACCACACGCAACUGUUUUUGCAAUUCAUUCUCUCAUAAAAAUACUCGAAAAAUGUGGAAAGACGGUAAAGACAUUUCUUGGCUUCAUUUGCUUAAUUUAUUCGAACAGCAUUGCGAACUGUCAUUAUACAGCCCAUGUCCCAAAUUAACAAGAAAACAUAUCGACAUGUCAACAUUUGGGUGCAUGAAGGUGAAUUUUGCUGCACAGGUCUUGAGUUCAACUGUAGCUAAUGCAUUGGAAAUGAUAUAUGGAGACAAUGUCACAGAGACAGUGAACUUUAUAAGGGUUAUGAACCGGUUUUUUGACUGUUUGAAUGUGCGAAGCCUGUACGAAGGUCAUAACAAACGAAAUCCGGAUUUGAAUCCCUACAAUUCUUCAAAUGAUGAAAGACUGAGGUGGUUAAAAGAGGAUUUCCUGAAUUACUUCAGUGAAUGGGAGCAAGCCGUCAUGAAUCGUGUAGGAAAUUUCACUUUGAAAGACCGGAAGGGGAUGCUGCUUAGUCAUCAGACUAUUACUGGACUGAAAAUAAGUGUGCAUUCGAUUGUUGCAAGUGUGAAAUUUUUAUUAAACAGUGGUGCUAAGUUUGUUCUCACUCACUCUUUUAAUCAGGAUCCUCUUGAACAGGAGUUUGGACAUUACCGUCAUAGAGUUGGUGACAACAGUAACCCAACAGUGUAUGAGGUUCGACACAUGAUGAACCAAAUGCGUGCAGUAGGAGCAGUUGCUUUAGCUCCGAAGAGAGGGAAUAUCCACCGAGAGAAUGACGAAAACCGUUUUGUAAUUGACGAUUCAAAGUUACCCAAGAGAUAAGCUUUAGUGGUACAUUAGUAACAAUGUCAUGAUUGCAAUUCUUUUCAAACUUCAAAAAGUUAUGAAUAGUUUUAAUUUAGAUUUUAAUGUUUCCCCAUAUUUUACCAGUAUUCAUGAAGAAUUGCUAAAAGUACAUGAAAGUUCAAAGUAAAUACAAUAUUCUGGAUGUGGAUCUUUUAAAUUCUUGUUUACUAAUAUUUCAUUAUUUAUGAUAUAUACAUGUAUAUGAAGUGUGCCAAUAUAGGAAAACUUUACUUUUGUCCCUAAAUAUACAUGUAUGUUCUUAUGAAUUUAUGUGUAUAUAUAUAUUAUUGUUUUCUGUUUAGUAUUUAAUUAAUAUUAAGAUCCAUUUUGUUACAUUUUGUGAUCAAUUUAUUUGGCAAUCGCCAGUGGCAGUCAGCAGGGUUUAAGAACAUCAGUUGUUCGACCUGUUAGUCAAAUGCGUUUUGUUAAAAUAUACUUUUUCACUUUUUUGGUCUUCUGGAAAAUGUUGUUUGUGCUGUAUUUAGACCCUUCUAAAACGAAAUUUGUUUUACAUGCACACGUAUAAAAAUAGCGGUUUUUAUCCAAAGCAAUCAUAGGUUUGAACGUAGUUUUCAAUUUAGACUUGUAUAUAUAUAUAUAUAUAUAUAUAUAUAUAUAGAUACAAUGGACAAUUCAAAGUUAGACACUUUAAUAAAAUAAAUCUUAUCUUAUCUGUAUAGUGUACAUAUUGUAUAAAGUUCUACUUCUGGACACAAUUUUUAUAAAACAUGUUUUUCAUAGAAAUAAUUUUUUUAUAGUAAAAUUGGUUGUAAAAAACAAAUUGAUUCGUAUUAAAAUGGAAAUAUUUAUUAAGUCAUUUCAACAGCUAUUUUUAGGAUUAUUUUUAGCAGCUAAUCAAAAUGAAAAAAUGUUCACACAAAAAAUGUAAUUAGUACUAGCGAGGAUAAUAAUAAUAUGAUUUUAUUUGUACAUAUACUUUGGACAUAUAUCUAUUAAAUAUAUCUUGAUUUACUGAUUUUGUGUGUGUAAUUUGUGUUGUGUAUAUAUGUAAUAUAUGUUGCGUGUUUGAGAUAAAUAGAUUUAAAUCUAAA